CUUCCUCCGGGCUUCUUUUUUCCAAAGACAUAACUUGUAGUAUCCGAGGAGGAGGAGGAGGAGGCACAAAGAAGAGCCGCCGCACGAGAAGAAGGCGACCCCACGAGCAUCCCUCCCUCCCUUUUUGUCACAAGCUUCACCUGCAAGAGGCAUCCUCGCGGCUGCUUUCUCCACCGAAAAGAUUCAGCAAACACCGGCCACUCCUGGUCCUUGAACAAGCCCCCCUCCCGAACCCCCCUUCCCCUCCCCGCCCCCGCUCCGUCCCGAUGAAGGAGGCAGACGCCAUCAAACUAUUUGUGGGGCAGAUUCCUCGGAAUCUGGAGGAGAAGGACCUCAAGCCCAUCUUUGAGCAGUUUGGCAAAAUCUACGAGCUCACCGUCAUCAAGGACAAAUACACGGGCAUGCACAAAGGAUGCGCCUUUCUGACGUACUGCGCGAGGGAGUCAGCGCUGAAAGCCCAGAGCGCCCUGCACGAGCAGAAAACACUACCGGGGAUGAAUCGGCCCAUCCAGGUGAAACCGGCAGACAGUGAGGGCAGAGGAGAGGACAGGAAGUUGUUUGUGGGCAUGCUGGGAAAGCAACAGAGCGACGAGGAUGUCCGAAGGCUGUUUGAGCCCUUCGGCAGCAUCGACGAGUGCACCGUCUUGCGAGGACCUGACGGUACCAGCAAAGGGUGCGCUUUUGUCAAAUUCCAGGGACACGCCGAAGCCCAAGCUGCAAUCGGUAGCCUGCACGGGAGUCGCACAAUGCCUGGGGCGUCGUCCAGCCUGGUGGUGAAGUUCGCCGACACGGAGAAGGAGCGAGGUCUGAGGCGGAUGCAGCAAGUGGCCUCGCAGCUGGGCAUCUUCAGCCCCGUUAGCAUCAGCUUCCCCGCCUACAACGCCUACACGCAGGCGGUCAACGCUCAGCUGGUCCAACAGCAGGCUCUGGUCGCCCAGUCGGCGUACUUGUCCCCCGUGGCCACAGUCGCCGCUGUACAGAUGCAGCAGAUGGCGGCGCUCAAUGCCAACGGAAUCAUCGCCACGCCCAUCACGCCCAUCACUUCAUCUUCGGGGACGAACACUCCACCGACUAUCGCGGCUACGCCCGUGCCAGCUCUCCCUCCGCCGAUCGGUGUCAACGGCUAUGGCACCGUGCCCGCGCCGACCAAUGGGCAGCAAGGAACUGAGACUUUAUACACCAAUGGCGUUCACACAUAUCAAGCUCAGACUCCAGCAGCCUUGGACCCGCUACAGCAGGCCUACGCCGGCAUGCAGCACUACACGGGUGGGUGCUCGCUCGCCUUUGAUGCGGCGUACCCCGCCGCCUACGGAUUGGUGGGCCAGCCCUUCCCCCAGCAGCCCACCCUGGUUGCUCAGCAACACCAGCAGCCCCAGCAACAGCAACAAAGAGAAGGUCCCGAGGGAUGCAACAUCUUCAUCUACCACCUGCCUCAGGAGUUUAGCGAUUCCGAAAUGCUGCAGAUGUUUUUGCCCUUUGGCAAUGUCAUCUCAGCGAAGGUGUUUGUCGACCGGGCCACCAACCAGAGCAAAUGUUUUGGCUUUGUGAGUUUCGACAAUCCUGCCAGCGCUCAGGCCGCCAUCCAGGCGAUGAACGGCUUCCAGAUCGGGAUGAAGAGACUGAAAGUGCAACUCAAGAGGCCCAAGGAUGCCAACCGCCCCUACUGAGUAACAACGGGAAGAGGAACACACAAAUCAAGGUGACCUUUCCAAGCAGAGGUGGAAAUUCCAGAGCGCUUUCCUGUCGCCUCUGUGCAUCGGCGAAGUGCAUUCACAUACUUGCAUUGACACACUCACACACACACACGCACACACACAUGCACACAAGUGUACAUACCACACUCGGUGAGAGCGCCACCUAGUCACUGACGGGGUGUUUAAUUACAAUGCGAGCCUGCCGUAUGUGAACGGUUUACUCCCCCCACGCCCCUCUGAAAGAAAAGUGCUGAUAUAUAUCACUUCCAUAUACAUCUCUAUUACCUGACAAAUAUAGAAGGACCCACUGGCUGGCGGUGGGUUCAUUUCAGUAUGAGGACAAAAAAAAGUCAGACUCACAGAAGGAAAACAGAAAAAAAGGACAUCAUGUAAAUAACUUAGUGGACAAACAGCAUUUAAAAGACUUGCAAAAAGAUCUUUAGCAACUCUGAAAAGGGACACAUUAUUAUUAUUGUCAUUAUUAUUAUUGUUAUUAUUACUACUACUACUACCACUAGUAACAUUAUCAUCUUCAUAAAAAUUGAUUAUUACAUUCCAAAUUGUACAAUGGGAGAUCACUAACCUAUUUUAAAUUUCUACGUAGAUUUUAGGUGAAAAACACAGGGAAGGGGGGGGGGUUGCACUUUUAUUCGGGAGGUUUUAAUAUUUGAGCUAUUUUUUAUUUAUUUAUCUAAUUAUUUUGUUUAUCGAGGGGAGAAAGGGGAUUUGAGUGGGUUGCAAUAUUUUCAUUUUAGAAUUUUUCUAGAGAAAACAAAAGAAAAAAACAAGACGUUCCGAGGGCCCGUUUUGUGUCAGACUCUCGCAAUGGCGUAAUUAUAAUGUAUGUAUUAUUAAUGACGACAACAAUUAUAUUUAUUUCUAAUUUAUUGAACCCUGUUUUUGAUCCGCUCUCUUUUUAAUUUAAAAUAAAAAGUAUCAUACUU